AUGAUAGUGGCGCGUGAAUUUCUUUAUAAUCGUCAAAACUUCCUGCCUGAAUUCCUUGCAUACCUCUUCCAGGUUAGCUGAUAUCAAUUCAUGGGGAGCCUUUCAUCUUCCUCGGGACCGUUCAUGGCCGUUUUAAGUUUAUUACCUCCUAAAAAUGAACGAUCAGUGAUGCUUCUUUCUUUCGGUUUUUCUUCAAUCUCGAUGAGAUCAUUUUUCCUUGAUAUGCCCUAAUUUGUAGAGGGUGUUUGUUACGAUUCUGGAGAUGGUACUGGAGAUGGUAAGGUUCUCUGACUAUAGUGAGCGCCCAAAGGUGAAAAUAGGAUUUAAGAAAGGACCGUAGAAAUAACCGAAAGUUAAAAAUUUGAAAUAGAAGCAAAAGUAACAUAAAGAGAAAAUAGGCACUUUAUACAAAGGAAAUAACAGAAUCAGCUCUCUCACCUUAAGCAUUGGCGCACAUAACUUAAUAAUAUCCAAUGGAAAUGAUGAUAGGGGUGCAUGCUGGAUUCAAAACAGUUUUUACCGUAAAGGUUACUGACUCUUAAUUAAUUUCAAAGAAAACGCUUGUAUAUAGGCAACAUCUCUACAGUGAAAGAAAGAACCCUUCCGAACCCUCUUAAUUGGAGGAAUAGAUUAAGCUGUUUCUGUAGUUUACUCAUUACAACAGUAGCAUGCCAGAGCAUUAUAUAUAUAUAAAUAAUGAAGCAAAGGGUUUUCUUUUCUUGUUUUACCGCUUGUAGAAUGCUUUGUUGUUGCACGCGUAUCGUCAACGAGCGAAAAACUCCGUAGAUGCUUGCAGAGAGAGCUAAUAACAACAAAAAAAAAUGUAUUUAUGCCUUUCUUGCACAUGUAAUUACUAUUUUCUGUCCAGAAAACUCAGUUUGCGCCAACUCCACAUGCUUUUACUGUUCUGGUGCACUCGUCCUCUUGCGCGUGCAAUACUUCACAGUAGAGAUAAGUUAUACCUGAUCCCUUGAGUAAUGAGCAGGGAGGAGUCGAACUGCCGGGAGCUUUGCUCAAGGUGGGCUCAGUAUAUUAAAUACUGGAAAUCUUUAAAUCAAACUUUAACUUGUGAAUUUAAUGAAAUAGUCAAUCUCCAUAAAGGAAAAAAUUUUGCUUCAGAGGCAUAUUUUUCUUUUUUAAACGGUUACGAAGCUGAAGUUUGUAAAGGCUCUAUUAUGGAAUUUUGUUAUUCGUCUUCUUCUAAGAAGUAUGCCUCAGUUAAUUCAAUUUUGAAUGAAAUGAAACUUCUUUUUAAAAAAAUAAACGAAAACUCUCACCAACUACAAAAUAUUACAAACGCUCUAUUAGUGAAGGGAAAACGGACUGUUGGAUUAGUGGAUAUAGGAGAAAUAGUGACAGCAUCACAGCAGCUCAUGGCGGCCUUGAGAAGCGAACUAACACUUAAACAUACAGUAGUUGAAGAAAUGCUAGAAGUUUUAAGCAACACAGCGCACCUCUACUUUACUUAAACUGCAUCACCGACGAACCAUAUUUAAACCAACCGUAUCUGUUAGUUUCUUUGAAAAUAUUAAAUGUAGCUGGGGGAAACACGGAGGACUAACACGAACUUCUUACCUGUCUUUCUUAGUUUCUUUUAUAUAUAACUAUUAAGUAACUAAGAUAACAAAAUCACAAAUUUUUAAGGAUGAGGGGAAUAUGAUUGGCAUUCACAUGGUCCUGGCAGGCUUUCGCUAAACGAGUAA